AAUGGGCACCACAAGAAUAGUAUUUUUGAUGGUGGCACAUAUUCCAUCUUUUGAUGACAGGAUUCCUAUAUGUUUGUGACAAUUAACAACUAUGCAUAAAAUAUUACAUAUUAAUAUUAUUAAUAUUAAAUGAAUAACAGAAUCACUUUCAUAUGUUAGGAGAAUGUUAAGCUCUCCUGAUCCUUGAUUUUUAUGCAUUCAACACUUCUUUCUAGCACUGUGGGAUCCUUCUUGGGAAGAAUUGAAAUAUUGAAAAGAAUAAUUCAGUCCCAAACAACAGGACUUUCACACAACCCUGUCUUAAUUGAGAAAACACCCCCUAGCGUUGCCCCUGCCCUCGUCUCAUACUCAUAACUAGGAGUGAAGUGAGAGGGCUCCCAGAAUCUUUAAGUUUAAAUCAGGUUCUGUGGACAGAUCUGUAGAAAUUCUGUGGUUCUGAAACAAAAAGGUGUCAGGAUCCUAAGUGGGGUCUGUCUGGGGACAGCCUCAUCCAUGUGCAGCAGCGUCACUUCUUUUCAUUGUUACCCACAGACCGUUUCCAGCCCUUUUAUCUCAACUCGAGCCUACUUGUGCCUGCUUACAUGGGAACAACUUUAGAAAUCCAUGCAGAUUCCACUUUCGAAAACUUCCCUGAGACAAUGCCAGGGGCCUGUGAGCUGAGAAGGUCACGGAAGCAGUGGUAGAAACCAUGUCAUGGGCACAUUCUGUUAGCCACAGCUGUCACAGAUUUAUCAUAUCUACUUGCUUACAUGUAAGCAUUUGCUUGCUUAUUUAAAGCUGACUGAAUUUGAGUGGAGAAACAAAUGGUUCUCGAAUUUGCCAAAAUAAUAGUGCCUCUUUUAACACCUCCUUCCACUUGCUCCUUUCCAGUAGAGGCUUUAGCAGCCUUCUAUUAUGCAUACAAGGCUCUCCAAACCUCCCAUGGUGGACAUAAGUUGCCCAGAGCGUUCUUAAACCAAACCUAUUCUCCUCAUCCAGUGCUGCACACAAUUAGAGAAGGCACUAUGGCAACUGACAGUCUUUUUAAAUAUGAGGGCCCUCUCAGGCCCUGAGUUAAUGAUCUUCCACAGACAGCUUCCCAUUUAGCCUUGGUUCAUGAAUGCAGGACCCCUCAACUAGCUGACCAGAGGCCUCCUCAUUGAAGAGUUAUGGUUACUUCCAGGAUGGAGCCAAAAAUGGCACUUCUGGCGUAUAUCACACCUACAGGAGGAAGUGUUUCCCCCUCAGCUCUGAUUGAUGUAAUACAUUCUGGAGGAGGUCACCUCCUUUUUAGACGCAUUGUCCACUUUGGGAGUGACUUGGGGGCACAUGAAUGACCAGGGUGCUCAUAUACUUUAUGAACAGUGUGCACCACCACACCUGAUGGGGUCCACUGCAGAGUAGCUGUGUUCUUUCCCUGGAUCAAACAGGCCUUCCCUGAUCACAGAUUGGAUCAGAUUGAUGACUCCAACUCCAGGUAGGGGCCAGCCUGGUGGCGUAGUGAUUAGGUUCAUGCACUCUGCUUUGGCAGCCCAGGGUUCACAGUCUCGGAUCCCGGGUGUGGACCUGUGCACCGCUUAUCAAGCCAUGCUGUGGUGGGCGUCCUACAUGUAAAAUAGAGAAAGAUGGGCACAGAUGUUAGCUCAGGGCCAAUCUUCCUCUCACGCACACACACACAAAACUCCAGGUAAUCGUGCUAGCAAUAGAGAAUUCCCUGGCCGAGAAUCAAACUCAUCUGCACAUUUUUACAGAUCCUUUGCCGACUGCGAAUGAUGUAGCUGUGCGGUCCCACCAAUAGCAACAACUCCUUAUCCAAGGUCGCCCCCUUUGGCAUAAAAAACUCUGGGAUAUCCUGCCUCACAAUAUCCCAGUACAAAUCAAAGUCACUCAUUACUCUGUACAUAUUAAACCUCAGUCUGCAGAGGCUGAUUUCAUUGCUCAGGGCAAUAAAUUCACUCAAAUUUCUGAGAUACAUACUGACACCUCAGACCUGAUGGCAUUAAUCUUGGCCCAUGGGCCCCUGUGAUAUGAAACUAUUAAGAGGUCUCUAACCUAAAGGACUAGGCAAAAUUCAAGGGACUUCCCUCCCCUGCCAUGGAUAACUUAGUGACUGACCACCACACCUGAUGUGAACAAAACAUGUCACAGGUAAUAUAAUCCAUGCACGUUAAGCCCAGGCGGAGGAAGUGAUCCCUACAGCUGGUGACAAAUAGACGUUUAGGGCUCCUCACCCCUCUGCUGGGCUGCUUGCUGUGCUCAGACCAUGGUAGAACCUAAUACAGAAAAAUGACUCACCCUAUCAUACAUGAUCCUCCUGAAGCCAGGAUCAAGGACUCACCAAGACACUAGAAAUUAUUGGUAUUAUCAACUAAUGUCUCAAAAUUAAAAAAAAAUUGGGCUCUUGAAAAAGGUAUUCAAUGGAUCUUGUACCUCUCUUAUGACCCAGGCUGCAACCCUCUUAGGAUGGCCUAAUGGGUUACUUAGACAAACCUUGUGUUCUAGAUAGAUGUUCCUGCUGUUUGAGUUACAUUGAAUCCCCAGUCCUUGGGGCUUAUUAUUUUGUUCUGAUCAUCAGGCUUACUGGCACCUUAUAACUAGAGCCUUUCUAUUCUAGACAUUUCUGUCAGAAUGGGCACUCCUACAGUGCCCAUUUUGGUUUGUUGUAAUAGUGCACCCUAACCAGCACUCUUAGAUCCCACUCUUUGGUCUUUCUCCUAAUAUCACCUGUAGUCUGCACGCCCUGCAUGUCAAUAUUUCAUUUUGGGUACUUUCAAUCAAACCCCUUCAAUCCAUCCAACACAAAUAUACUGUUUUCCUACCAUUUGCACUCAUGUGCUCAUUGUUGUGGGAGUCACUGGUCCUGAUCUGGGCACAUGUGAUGUCAUUCAACAAACACAUCAUUAAUGCCAAUCAAGAAAUGUCCAAAACACUCAAAAUACAUGUAGCAGACAGCUAUUGUUUGAGAUGUUUUUCAUGAAAUAAAACUUCCUGGCAGCCAUGGUAGCUGAUGACUACUUGGGUUUGGACUAUGUAUUAACCAGCCAGGGAGAGUUCUGUUCCCCUAAAAGGGCUGCUUGCUGCCUGUGGGCAGGCUACACUGGCAAGGUGUCACCAAUAACACAAGAAACAAAACAAGAAAUUAAACAGCAUUAUUAAAUAUUUGAACAGCCUACUGGAACCAUACUGACACACUUAGCUGGAUCUCUCCAACACCCUGGGAUAACUGGAUUCAAAUAUUUUUGGAGGCUUUGUGAUCCUAAUAAUAAUUUCUUGUGCUUUUCACAUGGCUUUUCAAUUAACAUUCAAAUUAAAAUUCCUUUAAUGAGAUGUGUCAUUCAGUAAAUAAGCUUCAGGAGUGAACUUUAAUAAAGACACUGACCUCAUUUUUAAAAUUAGAAUUUUCAUCCGCUUUAGAUACCUGCUCACCCAGUCUGACCCACAAUGGGUAAAUAAGUCAGGAAGGUUGACACAUGGCACUUUUCUUUUUGUGCCAAUGGUUAAGAGGGUCAAACCUUGAAAACCUGCAGCCUCUACCCCUAUACACCUUAAAGCUUCUAGUCAUCCUCCCUCCACAAGCCACCCCAACCUGCUUUGCCUUGCCCUACUCUCCUUAGAAAGUACCUGUGAGUAACAAACAUAUUUCUAUUCACUUGAUGAAUGUGGUGCAUUGUCUUGACAUCCAAUCCCAUUUUAGGUAGGGUGUUAAUCCUGACCCCAAAAGGGCAAUGGUAAAACAGAAGGUAACCAGUGGAAAGUGUCUUUUGAGUGACAAACAGGUAUUCAGGUUAGGGAAUUUUUAUAAGAUGAGAAAAAGAUAUCCAAAUACAGAGAUUCCAGUAAUGUUUUUAGAUGAAUUAGUCACAAAAGAAAAAGACAUGUACUAUGGAUUAGUUCUAUGGUACUAAUCUUAUGGGGCCAGCAUGGUAUAUGUGGUCAGUCGUUGAGCCAAAAGUAGUUUUGUGGUGCCUGACUGUAUAUGGAUUAUAUCUCAGUAAAGAUGUUCAUAUAAGUAAGUAAAUGCAUUCAGCUCUUUGCAAUGAAGAGAGUUUUGCAAUCCCAUCUCUUAAGCUUAUUUAAAUUUCCAGGUUAAUUGACACAUCCUUCACCUGUCAUAAUUACUUUGUGUGUGUGAUGAGAAUGCUUAAUAUAUUUUCUGCAGUAUAUAUAUAUAUCAAAUCGUCAGGUUGUAAUCUUUAAAUAUACACAAUAUUAUUAGUCAAUUAUUCCUCAAUAAAGCUGGGGGAGAAAAGUUUCCAGGUGCAUCCCACAUUUGCAUAACGAUUUAUUGGUUGUCUUACAUCAGUGACUUAGGAAUCAGUUGCUUCAAGGAUAUUAUAACCAUUUACAUUUCAAACUUCUCUAGGGCCAAAGGCAAAAAUUCACCUAAAAUAAAUUUCCCUCCAGUGUAAAAUGUAGACUUGAGAAUUUACUGACCACACCUCAUAGCUUGUGGUUGGUCUAAGAGUCCCUGCGCCCAGCUGGGGCUGUGGGGUUCCUACUUCCCACCAGAACCAAGUGCCCAGGGACUCUUUAUCUUAAGAAACCAAUGAGUGGGGGUGGGGCAGGGAUGGGUGGAAGGCUGAGCGCUGGCAGGGAGGAGAGGUCAAAAUGGAGCCAGACUCUUUAUUAUAGAUGGUGAGUCUUAUAAAAUAUCUGUUUAAAUAUCUAUGUUUCUAAACAGAGGUCAGGGUUCCAUGAGUGGCCUUGCAGUCUUACCCCAAGCCCUUGACUCUUAGAGGACAUAAGACCCUCUUGUUGGCCUGGGCCACCCUCUUGUCUGUACUUGCUCCUUCUUGAAACUGACUCAGGAAUUCCCUGUGCACACCUGUCACCACGCGUUCAUAAAGAGGUGGGGAAACAACAGUGUCAGUCCCAGGCCUGGAAAAAGUUCUGUUUAAACGUAAGUGACCCAGGCGGGGACAGGUUAGGACCCACUGGCAGAAGCUGGUUUGGCUGAGUCAGGUGCAUUUCUGUUCCACAGUCACUCAGGUUUGAGGAGGCGUGGCCUUUGGGAACUGUCCAAAUCAGGGGAGCUGCCAGGACAGAUGGGUGGUGUGACACUGCACCUGCGUGGAUGUCCCUUGUCUCUCAGGCCUGGCUGAGGAUCGCCCGUCACCUCCCCUAAACAGUCUCUAGUGGCUCUGUCACAGCCUGUCACAUUGUGAUCUGCACUGGCCGUGGGAGUCAUAGGAAGGACUCAGGGGACCCAGGAGACUAGAAAUGGACUCAGUGGCCAUUGAGGAUGUGGCUGUGAACUUCACCCCAGAGGAGUGGGCUUUGCUGGAUCCUUCACAGAAGAAACUCUACAGAGAUGUGAUGUGGGAAACCUUCAGGAUCCUGGCCUCAAUAGAAUCAACUUUCUGGGUCUGCAUUUCAGGAAAAGCAUGGGAAGAUCAUAUUGAAAAUCAGUACAAAAACCAGAGAAGAAAACUAAGAAAUCAUAUGGUAGAGAGGCUCUGUGUAAUUGAAGAGGGUAGUCAAUGUGGAGAAAAUUUCAGCCUUAUUCCAAAUCUCAAUCUCAAGAAGAAAACUACAGGAGUUAAACCAUGCAAAUGCAGUGCAUGUGGAAAAGUCUUCGUGCAUCAUUCAUCCCUUAAUAGGCCUGUUCUAUGUCACACUGAACACAAAACAUAUGACUAUCAAAAAUAUGGAGAGAAGCCAUAUAAAUGUAUGGAAUGUGGGAAAGACUUCACAUUUCCCAGUUCUCUUCGAAUGCAUGAAAGGACUCAUACUGGUGAGAAACCCUAUGAAUGUAAAAAAUGCAGUAAAGCAUUCACUUAUUCUAGUUCUCUUCGAAAACAUGAAAGAAGUCACACUGGAGAGAAACCUUUUGAAUGUAAGGAAUGUGGGAAAGCCUUCACUUUUCCCAGUUCUCUUCAAAUACAUGAAAGAACUCAUACUAGAGAGAAACCUUAUGAAUGUAAAAAAUGCAAUAAAGCAUUCAUUACUCCCAGUUAUCUUCGAGUACAUGAAAGAAUUCAUACUGGAGAGAAGCCCUUUGAAUGUAAAAUAUGUGGUAAAGCCUUCAGGUUUUCCAAUAAUGUUCAUGAACAUGAAAGAACUCAUACUGGAGAGAAGACAUAUGAAUGUAAAAGAUGCAGUAAAGCAUUCAUUACUCUCAGUGAUCUUCGAAAACAUGAAAGAAUUCAUACUGGAGAGAAACCUUUUGAAUGUAAAAUAUGUGGUAAAGCCUUCAGGUUUUCUAAUAAUGUUCAUGUACAUGAAAGAACUCACACUGGAGAGAAACCCUAUGAAUGUAAAAAAUGUAGUAAAGCAUUUACUUCUUCCACUUCUCUUCAAAUACAUGAACGAAUUCAUACUGGAGAAAAACCCUAUGAAUGUAAGGAAUGUGGGAAAGCAUUCAUUUCUCACAGAUCGCUUCGAAAACAUGAAAGAAGUCACAGUGGAGAGAAACCGUAUGAAUGCAAGGAAAGUGGGAAAGACUUUAUUUCUCAUGAAAACUUUCAAGGAUGUGGGAAAUGCACACCAGAAGAAAAACUAUGUAAAUGUAAAGAAUGUUUGAAAGACUUUUAUUAUCCUAGUUCUUUCUAAAGGCAUGAAAGGACUGACUUGAUAAAAACCUCUUGAAUGUAAACAGUGUGCAAAAGAUUUCAAUUGGCCUAGAUCCUUCUAUGUAAAACUCUCACCAAAAAGAAAUAUAAAUAUAAAUUACAUGAGAAAGUUUGAUGGAAAUUAAUUUGUAUAUAAUGUUCUAGAAAACCUUCAACAUGAAAGAGUUGUUAUAAAAGUUGUGAAUAUAUUUUGCUUACCAAGCCUUUUUCUUAAAGUGCAACUUUGAAUUGUGGAUUUCUAUUAAUUACUUUCAGAAAGGAAUAUUGAGGUGAGAUAAUUCUGCAAGUCAUCCUUUGUCAAUAGUACAUAAAGAUUAGUAGGAAGUGCUUUUUUCUUGAAUCAGUUAAUAAUAUUUUCUCUUUAAUUUUUUAUAAUGUUUUAAUAGUUCUGUGUUAAGAGACCAUUGAAAAAUUAUAGUUUGUAUUUGUUGGGAUUUCCUUAUUGGCCUUGUAUUGCAGAUCCUGGAUAGGCCUAAUCCAAUGUGUAUAUUGUACCUUUCUUAGAGAAAGCUCCUUUUUUGGGGUGGUGGGUAGAGGAGCCUGUUUUUAUUUUCUAUAGUAUUAAACAGUUGGAAUAAAUUUUUGUGUAUGCCAAGUUUAUCAAGGAGUAUAAUUUCCUGUGAAUUCAUACUUGGGGCUUUGCUCUUUGUCCUUCCUUCUGACUGAUAUUUGGUGAAUUGACUUUGAAUUAAGUAUGGGCCUGUGAUAGGGCAACUAAAUCGAGAGCUGGACAUGUCACCCUGUAUUGUGUUAUGUCAAUGAAGGUAAUGUUAAGAACUAGAUCUUUAAGAAUCCACCCCCUUUAUGGUUCCAUGUUGGAAUUCACCAAUAGCCUCACCUGCAUGAGAUUUGGAAGGCAGAAGCAAAGAAGGUAUUAGGCAGAUUUUGAAGCCACCAUAGAAAGAGAGAGACAGUUACAUAGUAGCUUUGAGGACACCAUCUUCCAUGCCAUUUUCUGGGCUGGUUCUUUGUCCUUCUAGUCAAGAGCAUCUUGAAAACCACCAAUAACUGUUUGAUUUCCAUUUUCUUGCAGGGGUAUUUUCCAGUGAUGUUUUCACAAGUUUCACAUAAAAGAUCCGUGAGAGUUAAGAUUUUUCUGUAAGGCCUCUUGUGUCCACUAGGAAGCUAAUUCAGACUCUAGUGUUUGGGAGUAUUCUCUGAUUCCCCUUUUCUCUAGAUAAUAUCUAUAUAAGGCCUAAUUUGAAUGGGAAGCACUUUAUGCUGUUAAUAGUGCUAGUGAGCCUGUUUCCUGAUUCACCAUGACAUCUACAAUGGGGCAUAAAAAGAAGGACCUGGGAGUUUGUUUCUCUGCUGCAUUGUGCAGUGGCUGCCUUGACCCAGUUCUUCCACGUGAGAACAAUCACCUUUCUCAUGUCAGGAAGACUGUGUGUGUUUCCUGUUACUUGUAGCUGAAUGUAUUCCCUCAAUAUGUUUUCAAUAAUGUUUGAUUGUAUGUCAUUAAAACUAUGUGCAUUUCCUUGUGAAAGGAAUGCUUCUGUAGUUGUUUCAUUGAUAUAUUUUAUCAGCUGUUCCAAUCCAUCGUAUG